AUGCUUAUUGAUGGCGAGAAGUGGGCUUGUGAAGCUUGCGUCCGGGGUCACCGUGUCAGCAGCUGUCACCAUAGUGACCGCCCUUUGACCCACAUCAACAAGAAAGGCCGGCCAGUCUCCCAAUGUACUCACUGCCGCGGCCUACGCAAGUCACGAACAACCCACGUCAAGUGCGAGUGCGGGGACAAGAAGAAGAGCCAUGGUCACAAGAGUGAUCCAGACUCGGACAAGAGUGAGCACGAUGAGGAUUCCCGGCCGCGCUGUAGCUGCUCACAUGGCCAGCGCUGCUCCUGUGCUCUGAAGAAAGAACACCAUCUAGAUCCUGUUCCCGAGGCGGGCCUGCCCCAACCGUCCGCUCUCUCGGAGACGAAGAAGCCCUUGCUCACCUCGACCAAGUCUGACAGCACGCUCACCGUCUUCCGUGAUGGUCACCACAAGCCCGCCCACAAGCACAAUGACAUGGCACACAAGUGUGGAAUGCCCUACACCAUCCCUCGGUCCCAUACCGUCCAUUCCACCGCAGAUAUCGCUCGUCGCUCCAUGGACCAUCUGCCCUCUCUGCCGUCGACCUCCUUGAUGGGUGAGAACACCAGCACCGGCAGCCAUCACCACCAGCAACACCACAGCAACAAUAACAAGACAAGUAAUAUUGCCGACCAUCUCGAGCAGUUGACCGGUGUGUCGCCGCCCCGUCUCGUCAAAUCCGAACAUGGUUCCCCCGACAGUGUCCCCAUCACCGCGCUAGAGGAUGUGACGAACCCGAUCCCGCCACUUGAACUCUCGUCCUUCCUUGACACGUUCACCCCACCACCGCGUCCGUUAGCGCUGCCGCUAGAACAGAUCGUCACCAGCGUGCCUCCAAUGAACAUUUCCGCCUUCUCUUUUUCAACGACGACGACCACCACCACCUCUCCGAUCUCCUGUCUGGCGUACCAAGAUCCAUACAACGAGCAGUACUUCACCUCUCCCGAUACCGACUUUGCCCUGCGCUCGGCUGCCUUCAGCGCCCCGCCUGUUGAUUGGUCGAGUUUUCCUCUGUACGCCUCGGACGUCCCGCCCACGACAAGCACACAGGCCCCGUCGUACGCUAGUAUGGACUGCAAUUACCCGACCGGGUUACCAGCGCCCUCGUCGUCUGGGGACACCUCGGAGGUGGACGAAUGGGGGCCGUUCUCGGGUCUGGGUCCCACGGCCGCGAACGAUCUGCAGGAUCUGCACAGCGUCAGUGAGGGCUCGGAUGUCGACCACUUGCGCCUCAGCUCAGCCUCGUCGUUUAUCGGCCUGCCCCAGGCGCAGUUGCUGUCGUCAACGAACCUGGACUCGAUCAGUAUCGACGACUUCCUCAAGUCGGCCAACGAGUCAACCGCCGCCCUGGAGCACCAGCUGCAGGCCACGAUGGCCAUGGACGUCAAAUCGCUUCCGACACCGACGGCCUAUGUCAUGUCGCAGACGCAAAGCUACGAGCCUAUAUCCACCCCUGUGGCCAGCGUGCCCCUGACGACUGCCACGACCAGUGGCACGACAACCGCGGCGGUCGAGCCCGUCUGGCCCGCUGCGUUGUUCGACCCGCUCCCCACCUCGGCGGAAGAGCAGUUCUACCGCUCGUCGUGGGUAUGA